GCUAAAUUUGAUGAAUUCUCAGGCCAAAAAUCAAAGAUCAAUGUUCAAUCGAAGACACUUCAGCUGGUAGUUGCCGUCUUUUGAAUUCGGGAAGUAUGGAAAACUGAUUUUCUGCUCUUGAACCAGUAAAGCUGUAGUGUUCUGAUUUAAGAAGAAACUCAUAAAAAGGUGUCCCUUGUCAAAUUUCAAAUGACCUUAAAGGAGUAUGAGAAAUAUUUAUAAGCCUAAAGCACAUUCUCAUCCGGAGUUAGGGUUCAUAUUCUUCUUCGAGUUCAAUUCAAUUGGGCAAUGCGAUCAUUUAUUCAUUUUCUUGGUUGUUCCAUAUGUUAAAUUGUCAAGCAACCAAACGCUGAUUUUUUCUUUUUUUGGUGUUUCCUUUUUGCAGCAUAAAGAUCAUUAUCUAUUAAAUUAUCACUUGGUGUACUUGGUGGUGAAUUCUGAUCAUUGCAGUACAUCUGAAAGUACUGCUCACCAUUGGAGUUAAUGUUGGGCUUCAGUUCUUGUUUGUCUAUCUCUCGACUGCCUCAUCACUCCAACCAUUUUUCUCAACGAAUAUUGAACAAUCAUGGAAGUCGCAUGAAAAAGGUUGACCUUGGUAGACCCCAGAUUUUACCUUCUGUAUUGGGGGUUACUUCUGGCUUGCGCGUGUUCGUGGUUUCUGACUUGCAUACUGACUAUGCCGAGAACAUGAAGUGGGUAAAGUGCUUGUCCUCUAUUAAUCACAAGAAAGAUGUUCUUCUUGUUGCGGGGGAUGUUGCGGAGACGUAUGACAAGUUUGUUGUCACUCUGUCUCUCCUAAAGGAAAGAUUUCAACAUGUCUUCUUUGUACCUGGGAACCAUGAUCUCUGGUGUCGUCGUGAUGGGGAAAAUUAUGUUGAUUCUCUUGAAAAGCUAAAUAAAUUGCUUGAUGCAUGUAAGAGUCUUGGAGUUGAGACAAAUCCGAUGGUUAUUGAUGACUUAGGAAUCGUCCCCUUGUUUUCUUGGUACCAUGAGAGCUUUGACAAAGAGCAGGAUAUAGAAGGCCUUCGCAUUCCCUCAUUGGAGAUGGUGACUACUCUAUUAACUCCUAGCUUGUAAGGACUUUCAUGCAUGCAAGUGGCCCAGGGGACUUUCAAAUGGAGA